CGUGUCUCGUUUGCUGAACAUCCUCACGGGCCCCUCGUGCACUAGCACGCUCAAGAGUCGUGGUUUCCGCUUCUUCCGUGUACUUGUCGGGCAGGCGGGGAUCUCUUCGCAGGACUCGAGGCGAACAAGCAGGACUGUUCGGUGCUGCAGAGCCAGUGGACGCGACGCGCUACUUUCCCGUUAGGAGACAGGCUGGUGUUGAGGAAUGGAAGCUGAUCAGAAUCAGGAAGUGCCAGCAGCUGAGACCCAAGCGGCAGAGAUGGAGUCACCUGCUCACGAACAGCCUGCGUGUGAUGAGGUGGCAGAACCAGCCUCCCAGCCAGAGUUCGAGACGAAGGAGCCAGCAACAAAAGCCCCCGAGCCCGAGGCCAUGAAGGAAGCGCCGGGUGCGGAGCUGACUCAAGUGGAAGUGUCCUCCGAGACGCCUGCCAAGAAGCUGGAAGCAGGUGUAGCGGACGGAGCCCAGGAGGAGCCUUCUGGGAAAACACCUGAGGGUGAAGUAGAGCCUGAGAAGCAAUUGGAAGGUACAGACAAGCCAGAGCAAAAGGUUGAGGCCACUGCUGACAGUGCAGCAACACCUACAGAAGCUGCAAAAGAGGCAGAGCCAGCAGCAAAAGCCCUGGAGGCGGAGCUAGAAAAGCCAUCUGAGGCUGAGGAGGUUAAAGCAGAGAUCCCCAAAGAGGCGGCGCUGCAACCCAAAGAGGCGGAGCUGCCGCUGUUCUUCGGCUGGUUCCUGCUUUCUGAGGUUGAGGAGAAGAUAAAAUGCUCUACCAUGGAGUUCCUUAAGACUCUGGACACUAUGGAGGCCUUCAAGAAACACCUCAGUGAAUUUACUGGGGAAGCUGAGAAAGAGGUGGAUCUGGAGCAGUACUUUCAAACCAAAACGCCACUCCACUGCACCUCAAAGUUCUGUGACUACGGAAAAGCAGAGGGAUCAAAGGAGUACGCGGAGCAGCAGGUGGUUAAAGAUGCGUGCGAUGGUGCGUCAGAGCUGGCUGUCGUCGGCCUCAUGGUCACACCUCGCACGUUUGGUGCGCGCGUGUUACUAACCCCUGAGCAGCUCCAGCUGUGGCCCCCAGGUGUGGACAAAGAGGGGGUCCCUGCCUCUGCCCUUCCCAGCAUCGAGGCUCUCCCAACGGGCAGCCGAGCCCAUGUGACCCUGGGCUGCGCUGCGGGAGUGGAAGCUGUCCAGACCGGCCUGGACCUGCUGGAGGUGCUGGCUCUGAAGCAGGCUGAGCACCAGCCCGCCGCCGAGGCCGAGCUGGACGCAGGCACGCUUUCAUACCUGGGUGAAGGCCGCUGGUACCUGGAGCUGCAGGAGGCCAUCGUGUGUGAUGCCACCUUCUCCAGCUUCUCUGAGGACGAGCGCCCCACUGGACCUGCCAAGAAAGAGAGCGGAGAGAAGAAGAAGAAGCCAAAGUGCUCCAUUCUGUGAGGGGGGGCAGAGAUUUCUGUAGGGUUAUGCCACGUGUGUGUGUGUGUGUGUGUGUCCGUGCGUGCGUGCGCGCUCCAGCUUUAGUGUAUGUGUAGGAUUAGGUGUGGGCAAACUGGUACCACAGGCUCUGCCUGAGGUGGCAAGCUACCUGUUAGCCUCUCUUUAGCAGGGGUUAGGUUUUGGGGGUUUAGGCUAACCCUUCCAGCCCCUCUCUUUAGCAUGUGUUGGGGUUAGGGGUUAGGAUAUGGCCCCUCUCUUUAGCAGGUGCCUUUCACUAGGAUUAGGGUUUACCCGAACACUCUGACUAGGGGCUGGGGUUUACCCGAGCUCUUUCACUAGGUGCCACGAGUGCUAAGGAUUUCCACUCUGCCUUAAGGUCACAUCACCCCCCUGUAGGUCAUGGGUUACUCUGCUAGCUCACUCACUCUUGACCACUGCACUCUCUGUCUACAUGCGCUCACUCAGUUUUUCCAGUACUCAGUGUGGUGUCGGAUUGCUUCUUUGAAUGUUUUACUGUGUAUGAACAGGUACAACGUUUUCUUGUCACCACUUUAUUGCGUUUUUGAGCUGACUGGAGAGGGUGCCGUUAGAUUGUAGAACCAGGCAGUAUUGGUGCAAACUGGCAUGAAUACAUAUUCUUCCGGUUCAGUUCAAAAACUGAGCCUAGCAUUGCUCGUGUUGUGUGCGUGCUUGCAUGUGCACACAUUUGGAGUGUGCAGGUUUCUCCUCUCUUUGCAGUAGAAAAGUGACAUUUGUGAUUAACUUCAGCAAGACCAUGUGGUUCAGUGGCUUAUAAUUGUGGCUUUUCUUGUAACUUCAUUGUGAAGUUCAUAGUUUCAUUGUGAAGCUUUUUCAACACUUUUGCAUUAAAACAUUGUUCUCUUCUGUAUAUCAAGCAUAUCUGUUUUGAAUGAAACUGUGAAAUGUCUUUCCUAAAUCUCCUGUGGUGUCUUUCACCCAGGGGACACUCAAUGUUGUCCAACUGGCGCUAAGCCUCUUACCCUUCAGUCUGCACCACCUGACCUGGCCCUGUUGUACUGUCUCCAGCGCUGAGUUGUGCUUUCAGAUUUCUCUCUUGACAGAAUCUACACUCUACUGUGGACACUUUCAGCUUUCCUCUACAGUGUGGUGCUAGGAGGCAGAACCCUUGUUUCUGUAGAGUUGGGGUCAACCCAACCCUUCUGUAGGCCUCUGAGGUUCUGGAUUUUUGCACUUUGUUUUUUGUUUUUUUGUACACCUAAUAAUAAAUUUGCUUGGCUCUGAA